AUCGUUGCUGUUCUGUUUUGUGCCAUUUGUCAGGCACAUUAUACGUACAAUAACCUCUCUGAAGAGUCACAACUGCGAACGAAGCAAUUCUUUCAGGUUAUCGGUUUCCUCACGGAAAGUUUUAUAUUCUGUUAUAUUGGUGUCAGCGUGUUCGUAUCGCAUUCUCAAAAGUGGAAUAUCUUAUUUCUUUUUGCAACACUCAUAUCCAUAACAGUCGCACGUGCCGUAUAUAUUUAUCCACUAUGCGCGUUGAUCAAUAUUCACCGACAUCCACCCAUUCCACGAAAUUAUCAACACAUGUUGUUAUUUUCUGGACUCCGAGGUGCGAUGGCAUUUGCAUUAGCAUACAGAAAUACAUCAACAGUGAAUCGUCAAAUAAUGGCGUCGUCAACGUCAAUGAUCGUAAUACUGACCGUUUUUAUCAACGGCGGUUUUAGUACGUAUAUGGUUGAUCGACUGAACAUCAAGUAA